AUGGCCACUCAAACACAGAGAUAUUCCCUUCCAAACGAAUAUGACAAAGGUGCGCAACAGCUGCUAGGAAAGAUUCUAGCAGAAGGAUUGUCCCAGAGAGAAUUGAACGCAGCUUAUGAUGACGUCAGUAGAGACUAUGACCAGGUUGUAUUGGACAACGGGUACAAAGCCCCCAAAAGUUGUACAGACGCCGUAACAAAACUAUACCCGGAAGCUGAACGGGCCCAAAAAACCAUCUUAGACAUUGGUGCCGGAACGGGACUACUGGCUGAUGAGAUGCAAAAGAAGGGGUUUAAAAUCUUCGAUGCCCUAGAUCCAUCACAGGGCAUGCUUGACAUUGCUAAAGAGAAAGGCGUCUAUAGAAACUACAUCUGCGAAGCAGUUGGCAAGGAACCUCUCAACAUUCCCUCAAAUUCUUAUGAUAUUGUUACUGUCGUCGGAAGCCACAUAGCAAACCACAUCGAAAGCGAGGCUCUGAUUGAGAUUAUUCGAUUGGUCAAACCAGGUGGUAUCGUGUGUAUAGUUGCUCGAAUGGAAAGUUUAUCAAAUCUUGAUAAAUACAAAGACUCAUUUUUUCCACUGUGCCAAAAACUUGAAGAGGAGCAAAAAUGGCGGAAAAUCGACUGCUCAUCUUGUCCAUAUUGGAGCAAGAUUGAAGGCGUUCAAAUUGUCUAUAGAGUUUGUUGAUAUAUGUUGAUUAGACUUUCAGUUAGAUCUGUGUUGAUGUAUAUUUGUAUAACAUGAACGGUAUACACUUACUUAUUUCGAAUGUUAUU